AUGGUCGUCGACAAGUGCAUCAAUGAACAGGACUGUGCAGCUGUGGCAGGUUGUGGAACACGCUAUUUCCCAGAAGAUGAGGGUACCAAGGAAGUAUGCCAAGUGCUAGGAAUGGGCUGCAAAGUGUUUCUUCUUUUUGGAUCAUUGUUCAUAUUUGCCGGUGUACUUAUAUUUAUGGGUUUCUUGCACUUGUUUCAUAGUACUAGCACCAGCGAUUCUGAAUUGGAUCGUAUGGAUUACAAGAGUGUUAACACAAAUAUGGGUCGGAUUCGUACGAUGGGUGCGUGGAUUCAGGACCAGUUGAAGUAUAAUGGCGAGAUGUUCGGACGAUUUGUCGUUCAACAUGCAUGGUUUGCGUUUCUUUUUGGCUCCUUCAUUGCGGUUAUUUCAAUAUCUGGAAAUGUUUUCCUGAAAUUCUCCAAUGAUCCGUUAGAAAUGUGGACCUCAGCACAUAGUCUAGCACGUCAAGAGAAACGGGUUUUCGACCAAAUGUUCGGACCAUUCUAUCGAGUAGAGCAAAUAAUUAUGUAUCCAAAAUCUCCUGAACAAGUUAUAAACGGUCCACACGGAAUUCGGAUGGGAGCGGUUUUCCAUAAAAAUUUCAUGCGCGAGGCAUUUGUCAUUCUCUCUCGAAUACUUGCCAUAUCGGCUGUAAUGCCUGAUGGAAGGCGUGUAACACUCGAUGAUGUCUGUUUCCGACCUAUGGGCCACGAUUACGACUGCCUUAUCUUUAGCCCCACAAACUACUUCCAGCAAAAUGUUUCAUUAUUGGAUAUCUCUAUAACUGCCCAUGUACCUCCUGCUCCGAAGGAUGAAACCGACGAUUUGGACUAUUACGCUGAUGAGACGGAGACUUCACAGGAGAAAGUUGAGACAAGGAAUUAUCUGAAUCACAUUUAUGACUGCAUGGAAAAUCCUUACAACAUUGAAACCUCCACCAACAUGAGUUGCCUGGGUACGUUCGGUGGUCCAGUCAAUCCAGAAAUCAUCUUUGGAGGUGGUUCUGAGAGUUCGGUGUUAACCGACUCAAACGCCGUGAUUAUCACGAUUCCGCUUAAUGGCAAGUCAUCGAAUCUAAAAAAAGCAAUGGCGUGGGAACAAGCGUUUAUCACCCUGAUGAAGGAGUAUAAGCACGACGGUAUUCAAGUGUCGUUCAUGGCGGAAAGAUCAAUCUCGGACGAAAUUGAAAGGGAGAAUUCCUCUGAUGUCUACACAGUUUUAAUCAGCUGUGUUCUAAUGAUCGGCUAUGUAGCCUUUGCUCUCGGACAAUAUAUUGUAACGGACAAUAACUUACUCUCGUUACUGGUACAUUCGAAAAUUAUCGCUGGUGUUGCGGGUGUUGGUAUCAUAUUGUGCAGUGCGGCAAGUUCAAUUGGUGUGUUUUCCCUCUAUGGCAUCGGCACGUCAAAAGCAGCUCUUGUAGUACUUGUAUUUGUAGUUCUGGCCGUUGGAGUGAAUAGGACAUUCAUUAUAGUGCAAGCGUACCAGAGAUUGGAAGACACUACGGACCAAUCAGUUGAGGAUCGAAUUGCUCGAGUUUGUGGUCAAGUUAUGCCUUCGAUGCUCCUGAGCACGCUAACAGAGAGCUUAUGUUUCUUUGUAGGUGCUAUUUCUGACAUGCCGGCAGUUCGUGGUUUCUCCUUGUUUGCUGGAUUAGCCGUGAUAUUCGACUUUCAAUUUUUCGUCUGGGACUGUAAGCGUGAAGAGGAGGGAAAACCGGAACUAAUGUACCACCGUAAACUUGACACGGAGCGAGUAGAAAGUGAGGGCUAUAUCUACGAAGUGAUGCAAAAGUAUGCCGCUCCUCAGCUGAUGCGGAAAUGGAUGCGUAUGACAGUGGACUCGUACGUGUAUCUCCAUUUCAAAAAUCUUGAUCGCCUAAUGAAUGUCGGUCCUCCAGUAUAUUUUGUUGUGGAAGGAGAACUUGAUAUGCAUACAAAGCAAAUACAGGACAAGUUUUGUACGAUUGGUGGUUGCUCAGAGAACUCAGUUGGUGCAAUUCUCAACGAAGCUGCAGCGCAUUCGAACAGGACGUUUAUAAAGGGUAAUGUGCUGAAUUGGGUGGACAAUAUGAUUCAAUGGUUGAAUAAAGAAAAUGAAUGCUGCAAAGUGUAUAAUUAUGACACAAAUGUAUUCUGCCCGAGCAGCAGGAAAGAUUCUUAUAACUGUACAAGUUGCGAUCCGAAACAGCGAAAUGGUCGUCCAACUGAGGAACCGUUCUAUAAGCAUCUAAAAGACUUCAUGGAAGAUGUACCGAAUGCAAACUGCGUUGUUGCAGGCCGAGCCGCUUUCAAGGACGCCAUUCAUUUGAAUCCACGUGGUCAUGUGCAGGCAUCACACUUCAUGACGUAUCAUACACCUCUUCGCACGUCCCGCGAGUUUACCUUGGCUAUGGAAGGUGCUAGGAAGGUUGCUCGCAAGAUUGAACAAUCAUUUGACGGCAAAGGUGCACGUCUUUCCGUACAGCAAUAUUCGACAAUCAUCUAUGAUGCCAGCACUCAGAUCACAUUGUCAUUAGCAGUAGUCUAUGCGGUGACGUGUGUUCUUCUUGGUCUCGAUCCUGUAAGCGCUUUUAUUACUGUUUUAAUAAUAGUGUGCAUCCUUGUCGACAUGCUUGGUCUCAUGGUUCUUUGGAAAAUCGAUCUGAAUGCGAUUUCUGUGGCGAAUUUAGUAAUGUCGCUUGGAAUUUCUGUAGAGUUCAUCGUCCAUAUAAUACGGAUAUUCACGCAUUCUGUCCGUCGCACCCGUAUUGAGAGGGCCGAGGAAGCGCUGGCACAAAUGGGAUCCACCGUGUUCUCGGGAAUCACAUUAACAAUGCUCGGAGGGACGUUGGUGUUAGCCUUUGCACAUUCCCAAAUCUUUAAAGUCUUCUACUUCCGAAUGUUUUUGGGAAUUGUAAUAAUUGGUGCAUUGCAUGGGCUGAUCUUUCUUCCCGUAGUGCUUUCUUUCAUAGGUAAUUGA